GCCAUCUUGGACUCCCGUGGAGGCCCGGACUAAUUAGGAGACAGACAUGGCUGGAAGGCUGUGGUCUAAAGCCAUUUUUGCUGGCUAUAAACGGGGUCUCCGAAACCAGAGGGAACACACAGCUCUUCUUAAAAUUGAAGGUGUUUAUGCUCGGGAUGAAACUGAAUUCUAUCUGGGCAAGCGAUGUGCUUAUGUGUACAAAGCAAAGAACAACACUGUAACUCCUGGUGGCAAACCUAACAAAACCAGAGUGAUCUGGGGAAAGGUAACCCGUGCCCAUGGAAACAGCGGCAUGGUUCGAGCCAAAUUCCGAAGCAACCUUCCUGCUAAGGCAAUCGGUCAUAGAAUCCGUGUGAUGCUGUACCCCUCAAGGAUUUAAGCUUACUGAAAAGUAAAUAAAUAAAAUGUAGAUACUUUAAAAAAAAAAAGAAAGAAAAGAAAAGAAAA